AUGCCCUCCGCGAAUACCACCAUUCCCCCGUAUAUAAAUCGCUACUUCUGCAAAAGGUGCGGGGCCCAUGUCUUUGCUUGUCAAAAGCACUCAGAACAGUAUUUCGUCGCCGCUGGCCUGUGGGAAGAAAACGCACCGCUCAUCAAGACGAUCCAGCAUUCGCAGCCGCUCCAGACUCAAGAUGGCCUGGCUCCCCUUCUGCCCGCUGAAUCAGGAAAAGCGUCAUCUCUAUGCUACCUGCAUGCCGGCCUGAGCGAUGAACCGCCCUCUCCCGGCGAGGAGACGCGCGAGGAAGGGGUUAUGAAUGGCCGCGAAUUACCGGCGCGAUGCCAUAGUGAAUGGAUUGAAUUCUACGUCACGUUGCCGAAUCCCAGCUCCACGGAGCCCUCUUCCCCGUGGCCAGGCCUGCUGGUACCCUACCAUUCAAGCCCAUCCGAGAACACGGCCGACGUGAAAUGGUGGUUGCAAGAUCAGAACACAAAGUAUCUGGCUGGCGCCUGUGUCUGCCAAUCAUGUCGCCUGGGCAGUGGGUUCCCAAUCCAAUCCUGGGCAUUUAUCCCCAAGUCGAACCUGCUGAAUGCGGACCCAUCCCCUCUGGCGUUCGGCGCGGGCACAAUACAGCAAUAUGAAAACCCACCGGGCGUUUACCGAGGGUUCUGCAACUGUGUGGUGCAACGGCUUUCUGGCAUUGUGAAGCAAGGGCCCUCCUGA